CCAGCAUCGUGAGAUAGUAGAUUAUAUACAUAUAGUAGAAUAUAGAGAGUAGUAUAUAUUUUCAGGAGACCCGAUAUUAUGUGUCUAGAAUACUAGUUUUGUAAAGUUAUAUUAUUGGUGUCGUGUCUUAUGUAGUGUUAGCUUAUGAAGUAAAAAAUGAUUUAAUCCAAUAAAGAUAUUGGAUUAAGAUAUUGUCAGUUUUUAAUAAAAUAUACUACAUUAAUGUUAUAGUAUAUUUUAAUAUAUCUUUACAUAUGUUAGAAAAUGUACGAUAAAAUAUUAUUUGGUGUAUAGUGACAUUAAUUUGAUAUAGUUUAUGUAUACAAAUUUAUUAUUUAUAUUUUUAAAUACAAUUGUUUUAAUCUCAGCUCACCACUGACAAUGAAGGUGGCGUACACCUGGUUCAUAUAUUCAUGUUUAUUUUUCGAAUCUGGCAUUUUGUGCGACAGAAAACUCGAAAGACGACAGGCCGUAUCAUCUUGCUCAGUAGACACAGAUGAUAAGUUUUUUUGUUCAAGUGGACCAUGUAUCGAAUGGUCGUGGGUUUGUGAUGGUCGUAAGGAUUGUUCAGAUGGUUCAGACGAGACCAAAGAGUUGUGUGCUCGAUAUGAGUAUGGAACGAAUAUGACCACAAGUUGCGGUAGAGUGUAUGUCAAUAACGAUGAGUUGAUCGAUAAUGAUAAAAAAUCAAUUGUUGGUACGUUACCUUGGAAGGUCGGAAUAUUCCAAUUAAAUAAAGACAAUUCCAAAUAUAACUUGACAUGUACAGGAUCAAUUAUUGCCCCAAACGUAGUAAUUUCUGCGGCUCAAUGUUUUGUGCAAAGAGGUCUGUCUAAUCAAAUAUCAAUAAUCGAUCGUCCAGUCAUUGUUGUUGUUGGAAAUUAUAAUAGAAAUAUCAUAACAAUGGUUGACAAUGAUUUUACACAAAUAAUGGAAGUGGAAACGUUUUACAUAAAAGACAGUUAUCUUGAUUUUAAUGGGUUAUAUGCUGAAGAUAUCGCUAUUAUUAUAUUAGCGAACAAAGUUUCUUUUAAUAAUAAUAUUGCACCUGUUUGUAUCGAUUGGUAUAGUAUAUACCAUAUAAGGAAUGGAGAUGAAGGAAAGGUUGUUCUUGGAGGCUCGAAGAAUGGCACAAGAACAACUAGUGUUCUAUUAGAAUCAUCUUUACCUUUCAUCGACCAUAGUACUUGUCGAAAAAUGAAUAUAGACGGAUUUAAUCAAUUUGUGACUUUUGAUAAAUUUUGUACCCAUAAUAAAUUAGGACAAAGAAUGCUUAAUGAAAAUGCCGGAUCAGGCAUAAGCUUCUUACACUUAAAAUCUUAUUAUAUAACUGGGAUUCUGAGUAUCUCCAAUAAUUUAAAAAACGAUACAGUUAUAGGAUUUACUGACAUUAAAUACCAUGUUCAAUGGAUUCGUGUAGUUUUAAACAAACAUUUUAUAGCGAAUUCAUGCGUUUUACCAACUGUCGAAGGAGUUGUAUAUUCUUAUGAAGGUUCUAAUGAAAUUUUAUCUCACGGGACAUUAAUUAAUCAUAAUCAAACUAUUAUUGAAAAUUGUGAAAUUGGAUAUCAUAAGGUAUACUAUGGUUUUAGGAUUUGUCUUGGAAAAGGAAAAUGGUUAUCCAAUUUUGAGAAAUUGUGUUUCAAAAUGUGUCCACCUCUAGAAUCAGAUAGUUUAGAUAUUAAAUGUAGUCACAAUGGUCAGUAUGCUAAUUGUUCAAAUUUAUUGAUACCCGAUACAAUAGCAACACUAUCAUGUAAGUCAACGUAUAAUGCACCAAAUGGACAAGAUGAGACUCCACUUGAAUUGCUUUGUCAGUCAAAUGGCAUGUGGAAUAAACAAUUAUAUAGAUGCAAUCCAAAUUGCGGAAGAGUAUAUAUUAUCAAAAACCAUGUAUUAACCAAAAACGUUGAAAAUGCAACUGUUGGAACAGCACCUUGGAAUGUUGGAAUAUAUCAAUUAAAUAAAAAAAAAUCUAAUCAUGACUUGAUUUGUGGAGGAUCAAUCAUUUCUCCAAAAUUAGUCGUUUCUGCGGCUCAUUGUUUUUGGCAAAAAGGUAUGUUAUCUAGGAAAAUAUCAAUAAACGAUGGUCUAUACAAAAUCGCUGUUGGAAAAUAUGCAAGAAAUUUUACAGUUAUUGACAAUGACUUUACACAAAUGAUUAAUGUAGAAACGGUUCACCUGAAUGAAGGUUAUUAUGGACCACUUGGGUUUCAUGCUGAAGAUAUAGCUAUUAUUGUUUUACAAAACAGAGUUUCUUUUAGUAAUGGUGUAGCACCUGUUUGUAUCGAUUGGAAUGGUAAAUAUAAUGUAGCCAAUGGAGAUCAAGGGAAGAUUGUUGGUUGGGGAGAAACUGAAAAAGGCAUUUUUAGUCCUAUUUUAUUAGAAGCAUAUGUACCAUACAUCAACCAUAGUGCUUGCCAGAAUAUGUAUACAAAUGGAUUUCAACCAUAUGUGACUGUUGAUAAGUUUUGUGCCGGUUCUGCAUUGGUUUCAGGUCAAGUAGUGGGUAGGGGAUAUAUAGUGGCGCCGGCCUAUGCUUUUUACACUCCGAUUCAUAUUAUUUAACCGGAAUAGUGAGUAUCAAGGAUCCAAAUAGAAAUAAUUCAAUCACAGUUCUGACAGAAGUUAAGUACCACAUUCAAUGGAUUCGUAGGCUGUAUAACAAACAUACUUAAGUACAAUAGUAUUAUGCUUAUGUUAUUAAAAUAUAUAUUACAAUUUUAAUUGAAAUCAAUAUUGGUAUUAAUACAUUUUUACUUAUGUGUAA